AUGACUAACAAGGCUCUUAUCUUUAAGCAGAUCCCUCAGGGAUACCCCGUCCCCGGGCAGGAUCUGGUGGUCGAGGCUGCUUCCUAUGGUGCUGAUGUCGCUGCCCCCGCCGACGGCGUUGUCCUCCAAUCUCUCUAUACCAGCUACGAUCCUUACAUGCGCGGUCGCAUGCGGCCCGCCGAGGUCAAGUCCUACGCCCCGGCGUUCACUCUCAACCAAGCCAUUGAAAGUGCCAGCAUCGCCAAGGUCAUCCGCUCGAACAACGCCACUUACAAGGAGGGCGAGUUGGUGAUCGGCCAUGUCCCAAUCCAGGAGUACAUCGCGCUGGAGGGCAAGCAGCUCGUGCGCAUCCGCAAGCUGGAGAACCCUCUUGGCAUUGAAGACAUCCGCGUCUUCUUGGGCCCGCUCGGCAUGCCUGGUCUGACUGCGUACUCCUCGCUGUACGAGAUCGGUAAGCCCAAGAAGGGCGAGACCAUCUUCGUCUCCGCCGCCAGUGGUGCUGUCGGCCAACUGGUCGGCCAGCUCGCCAAGCACGAGGGUCUGCGUGUGAUUGGCUCCGUCGGUUCAGAUGAGAAGCUCGAGUACAUCACCAAGGAGCUUGGCUUCGACGGCGGUUUCAACUACAAGACCGAGAAGCCCGCAGAGGCGCUGGCCCGCCUCGCCCCCGAGGGCCUUGACAUCUACUACGAGAACGUUGGCGGCGAGCACCUCGAGGCUGCCCUGGACGCGAUGAAGAACUUCGGCCGCAUUGUUGUCUGCGGUCUGAUCUCGCAAUACAACUCCGCUCCUUACCCCAUCAAGAACAUCCAUAACGUCCUUGUCAAGCGUGUGACCAUGCGCGGUUUCAUCGUCGGCGACCCUGGCAUGGGUGACAUCUAUACCAAGGAGCACCAGGAGCGCGUGCAGAAGUGGAUUAAGGAAGGCUCGUUCAAGGUGCUUAUCCAUGAGACUGUCGGCAUGGACAACGCUGCCGAGGGUCUGGUUGGAAUCUUCUAUGGCAAGAACAAGGGCAAGGCUGUGCUGAAGUUCUAA